CAGUCGAAUUGGUAUGCCUCAGAACAGGUACACCCCAGAGUGUGCUUUACAAACGGAGACCGCCAAUAGCGCAAGUCCCACCUGGAGCUGUUUGACGCAUUACUUGGCUAUCACCAUGUUAAAUAGUGGGUUCAUUGAUGAGCCCUUGCUCCGAGAAUUAGUAUAGUAAAAGGAAGCAAGAAUAGUAGUCUGGGUGAACUCAGGGUCCUAUCCAGCCGUACUGGAGGACGCACCUCAUAACAUAACGCAAAGUUAAUACUUGAAUUUGUCGCUAUCGGCACCUGAGCUUGGAGACACUCAAGAAGCAUGUUGAAAAUGGUCAUUUACCCGACUCGUUGCCAUCAACUUGUGCUUGUGGUCAGUUGGUUUGUUCUCAGGACGAGUACUUGUGCUUCAGCAAUCAUUGCUGUAAGCCUAUCAGUGUGGACACUGCCUCAGAUCCACAAUUUCGCACUCUGGAGAAAACCACCGAAUCCUUUAAAUGCCGAAUCGAACGGAAAUUUCCCGCGCUUGCACAUAAGCUUAUUGACCGCUUGGCUCGUACCCAGCGUCGUCAUUUUGGGAGUGUCAUCGAAAAUAUGGACAAAUAUGCACGAGCAGCUGCGCUUCAUGGUUGCGCAGCUAGGGACCGUUGUUUUGCGGAAAGUCUUCCCCCUCUGAUCAAUGAAAUAUUGGUACGUUUCGUGAGCUACAGG